AUGGCAGGAGGAGAUGCUCAAGAUCAAGAAAUUAGAUUCUUUAUCAAUGGGGAGGAACAUAAAGUGCCCAAUAACUUGAGCACAACAACCUCUCUCAAUGAUUACCUCCGCGAGGUUGCUGGACUGAAGGGCACAAAGCUUAUGUGCCGAGAGGCUGGGUGUGGAUGCUGCUCCGUCACAGUGACACACCCAUCACCGGAUUCAGAGAAACUGGAGACCUACAGUGUGCAGUCGUGCCUGACACCAUUGUAUGCUGUGGAUGGCUGGCAAAUCAGCACUGUUGAAGGCAUUGGCAACCAGCAGAAUGGGUUUCAUCCCAUCCAGGAGAGGAUUGCCACCUUCAGUGGCACCCAGUGCGGCUACUGUACCCCAGGCAUGGUUAUGAAUAUGUAUGGCCUGCUCCACCAGAAACCAAACAUAACUAGCCAGGAUAUUGAAGACAACUUUGAUGGUAACAUUUGUCGCUGUACGGGAUACAGAUCCAUCCUGGAUGCUAUGAAGUCUUUUGCUGCAGAUGCAAACAUCCCGGGUGCCAAAGCUGUUGAUAUUGAGGAUCUGAACAAGAACCUGUGUCCGCGCACUGGUGAUCCAUGCUCAGGUGACCAUAGCUGCAGGGUAGGAUCCCGUGCCCUCAGCAUCCAAAUACAAGGAACCAAGUGGAACAGACCAGUAUCGCUGAGUGACCUGAGUGUUCUGCUAAAGACUAACAUAGACAAGAAAGUGAAGCUGUUCUUUGGGAACACGGCAUCAGGAAUUUUCAAGAAUGAAGGACCAUUUGACGUAUACAUUGACCUGCACAGUGUCAAGGAGAUAUAUUCUUUCCAGGUGAAUGAGGACAGUGUUAGAUUUGGUGCGGCCACUUCUCUGACAACCUUCAUGAACCAGCUAAAAGCCAACCAGGAGAAACCUGGGUUCAAAUACUUCUCUGCUUGUCACAGGCAUCUCAAGGUUAUUGCCAACAUCAUGGUUAGGAAUGCUGGCUGUAUUGCUGGGAACCUUAUGAUCAAACACGCACACAACGACUUUCCCUCUGACAUCUUUACAUUACUUGAAAGUCUUGGAGCUCAGAUUGAAAUUUACGAUUGCCUGACAUCUCAGACUAAAAAAUCAACUUUGUUGGAUUUCUUGAAGACAGAGAUGGUUGGGAAAGUGAUUUUGGCUGUGGACUUGCCAAAAGUAGAUGAUGACGUAGUAUUUAGAUCAUUCAAGAUAACACCAAGAUGGCAGAAUGCACAUGCUUAUGUGAACGCUGCUUUCAGAAUCAAAGUGGUGGAUCGUAGAAUUACAGAGCGCCCCUCUCUUGUAUAUGGUGGAAUUAAUGCGGAAACAGUUCAUGCUGUGAAAACAGAGGAGUUUCUAACCAACAAAACCCUAUCAGGAGCUGUUGUGAAAGAAGCCCUAACUAUUCUGAAAGAAGAAUUGAAACCAGACAGUGACCAACUGCUCUCAUCCCCAGAAUACAGAAAGGAUCUUUCUGUGACUUUACUAUACAAGGUGUUGCUCGGAAUUUACAAAUCAGACAACCCCAAACUGAGAUCAGGCACAGAGUAUCUCCAUCGCCCAAUCUCUUCAGGCCUGCAGACUUUCCAAGAGAUGAAAAGUGAAUGGCCCCUAAAGAAAGCUCUCCCUAAGAAAACUGCACCGUUGCAG